ACAACACCGUGCUCCAGUAGCAAUAAGUGGACUUACGUUUCGAGUCGCUUCGCGUUUUUCAAAUCAAUACAAUAGGAAACACGAGCAAAUGAGAAAAGUGGAAUUUCGACUCUCGAGGCGACACGACGUUCGAUUCGAGUUCGUCGUUUCACAAGUGGGUUUAAACGUUUAACGAGUGACAGGUCGACGGCCCUCGGCAAUCUCCUCGCCCUCCGAGACAAAAAUAAUCACGCAUCCACUUCACGAUUCGCGCAUGCGACUGCAAACAAACUCCGUUAUAGAAAUCGAGGACAGUUCUGCUCGACGCACAUGUUCCGAAUUCGUGAGGGCUGAGCCUGCCACCCCGCAUAAGCAUCACAUAUGUCGGAACAUCUUUGGCAGGACCCCCGUUGCCUUGGCGGGGAUAUAUGGAACGUUGUCGGGGUUCACCUAUGUAUGGUAUUACAGUGGGGGCAAAUGUGGUAGGACACGCCUCUGUGUUACGCUUUCGAACAGUCUAACCCCGCGUCGCACGCGAAACUGCCACCGUCACUGGAAAAUCGAGGACAAGUGCACGCAUUAUCUUCUCCCUUACGAGCGAUGACAACGAUGACAUUUGUAUAACAAGCGGAGAGUUGAGAGGCCUUCGUGGAUUUCCUCUUCGAUAUUCCGAUCGUAAUCCUUCGUUAAAUUCUUCGUUUCGGCGAAGAACGGAAUGGAGGAAAGAUCGACGGUUGCCUUUUUUGGGACAUAUGCAAGUUUUGUUCCACGCGGAACAAACAACGGAGACCGAAAUGGAAAUAUUAUCAUAGCUUAGUAAUAGGCUCGGAACGUCUCGGCGUUAGGGUGCAUCGAAAAGCAAGCGAAUAGGGCCGACCCUACCGAUUUGUAAUUGGAUUUGCCCGAUGCGGUGAUGUUCAUUUGACAUCAUUGAGACAUUUAGCUGCGUUCACACCAUUUGCUGGCGGAUUAUCCGAAUAUUUGAGGAAUCGUACGACCGGGCAUCGCUCCAAUACUCGUGUUCCUCGUUUACGGUUUACGUAACAAUCCCGCGAAUGCGUAGAAGAUGAAAUUGCGAUAUGAAAGAAACUCGAUCGAGCGCAUCUAACGAUUUGUAAAUAACGAAACCGGGUAAUGCGUUGCUCGAGAAACGAGGUAACACGGGAACGAAUGUAUUAUAGGCUAUCGAAAGUGCUCGAAUCAAAUGGUAUUUGAUCGACGUGGAUAUUAAAUUUUUUUGUAAGGGAAUUAAGAGGUUUUUUUUUUUUCACUUAUGAAACAGCGAAGAAGCAAAAAGUGGCAGCUCCACUUCUAAAUGGCCUCUCAUACUCUAGACUACUCGCGUCGUUGCCAUAAGAUGGCAAUGUUACAGGCCGUUGGGCAACCAAGAGGGAUCCCAUGAAUCACGACUGUGAAAGAGAAACGAGCUUCAAAAAAAAAAAAGAAAAAAAAGAAAAGAGAAAAAGAAGAAGAGAGUGAAACCGGUUUGGCACGCGCACAUUUCGAACGGUUUAUAAUGACGCCUGCAGACCCUCCUCAUUAAACUUCAUUAUCCUACCAUGUGAUGUACAUUUAUCUUCAAUCCUUUUCACGCGUCCCAUCAACCAACUCACAGUCGACACUGUCACCGGUUACGUACAGCGACUAUACGGACAACUACCCUCGUGAAAAUAUCAAUAAUGCGAUAAUCCUCUUUGCGUCACGGUGUUUUGCACAACACACUUUAAUAAAUUUCGUUGUAACAUUAUAUAGGAAUAUUGAUUGGAAAGAACAACGACGCAAUUGCGAAAGAAGAAUUAUAACGAUAUCUCUCUCUCGAUUUAACGUUUUAUCGCGUUUUACUUGUUUUUAUUGUUUCGUAUCUCUAUCUUUUGUAUCUAGCGUAUCGCAUAAAUUAAAUCAGAUUCUCGUAAUACUUUUCGAAACCGGUUGAAAAUCUUGCGUCUCAAGUGUUCGAUCGAUGCAAAAAUCUUCGAAGUAAGGGUAAUAAUAACGAAAAGAUCGUAGAGGAGAAAAAGGGAGGCAAGUCAAAUUACCCGACGCAAAACGCAUUAUCUUUACUUGAUAGACCCCGCACUCUCUAACCAGUGACUCUCAAACGCGAAUCUUCUCGAGAACGAAUUUCAAUGGGAUGGGUUACCGAGGAGAGAAUAAAUAUUGAGAAACCUCGCGGACAUCUAACCUCCUCUUUGUUUCCCUUGUUAAAUUUUCGAUUUACUCGGCCCCCCUCCCCCCUCUAACGCAUAAAUUUAUUCAAACGAAACGUACAUUUCCGUGGCACGGGAUACCCCAGCAAAUCAAACUUUACUCCUCGAGCCUCUCAUCCCAUCCAAUUAGCCACGAAUCAAGUUUUUAACUUACGUUUCACGUGCUUUACAUUUAAACUCGCCGUUGAUUGAGAAUUACCAAGAAAUAAUUAGUUAUACGUAUAAAGAUGUAUCAAACGUGGAAAAUCAUACGCGUCCUUCUCGCCGACCAUUAACAAUCGACAUUUUUUUUUUUAAACUUUUUCAACAAUGACGCGAAAAAAGUAUUUAAAUACUUUUUUCGAACAAAUGAAUUUCCAGGGGGUGAAAAUUAAUAAAGUCGAACGAUGUAUACGCGGUGUCGAGAUGGCCAGGACAUAACAGAGUACGACAGUAGAUGCGAAUAAAUGGUUCGGACGAGUUCUAAAGUAGAUUCGGGCAAUUCGUCGCGCGCUUCUUCCAGCUGCGGUUAAACGACGAUGUACAAUGAUUUUUCCUCGAGUUGUCGCGUCGAUUAAUGAUCCGGAGAGAACGGUGUAUCUCUCCGAUACGAGCAUAAGAACCGACGAAAGGAACAACAUCUUCUUUGAACGCUUAUUCCUUCGAAGACAAGUGAUAACCAGGUGUAGAAAAUUACCAAGAACGCUAAACCUGACAAGAGAGAGGAGGAUCGGGUGGAGACCAGUUGCUGGUAAAGCUCGCGAUGGUCUCCUGAGGGAGAGACCAUGGAUUUCCCCGUACUUGAUUACGCCUCGAUAAAAACUGGGGCAGGCUAGGUGCGAGUUGGAUGGAGGCAGCUUCCACAUCAGAGUGAGGUGUUUCUUCGCGAUACGUGACGCACCUGCCAUUAAAUGUCCCCACGUCGAGAUAUAGCUUCCUUGCCCAGACGUCCACGUCUCUCCCGAAAAGGACACUCACUGCUCCGCGCCAUCGGCCUGUAUUUCAGCAUACCAACUUGCAAAUACUCGGAGGACACCGCUCAUUGGCGGCGAUUUUCUUUUCAACCGCGUCGAUCGUGCCCCCUUCCUUUUUUUUCGCGUCGUCUCGAAAAGCCGUCCAAUUUCUUUCGCGUAUACGUGGAUUCGAGCAACGCGACGGUAUCGAGAGAAAAAGGUCUCGAUCGUAUCGUGCAAAGUUAUUAAACAUUCGUUCGAUUUACAUUUCUGAACGUUCGCUUUUAAAGAAACUGUUGAUGCGUUGACAGUAAUCUAUCCGAGAAGUAUUGCAUCCGAUAAAUAUACGGAAUAUCACCGUAUAAUAAUAAGUGCAGCAUCGAUGCCAUUGUCGAAUAAGAAACGGAUCGAAUCGAAAGAGAAAGGGAAGAAGAAGAAGAAAAGGACUCGGAAAUCUUAAAGUAAAGGAAUUUUCGCGUUGCGGGAAUGGGAAAUUGGUGUCUCUGGAAUGGGUUAUUUCGAAUAUCGAGCAUGAGAUCGGAGACGGGACGGCGGAGAAACGUGAGUCCAACCCUGGAUGGUCCGCGGCGCGCGGCGGAAUGACAGCCUCGUGACAUCGCCGUCGCGGCGCCACCGUGUUCGGGUCGGCGGAUGGGCGUCGGUGAUGUAGAGACACGUUGGAGGCGAUUGGCGGAGAGAGAGGCGGUGGAUUGGAGGAAAAUCGAGGAUGGGCAAGGCAACGUCGGCAGGCUGGUCGUUGCGCCGUGUCCGUGGCGGCCACACCCACCGAGAAUCUCGAGGCCCGUCCCCGUUGGGACCCGGUGGCACGCCGCUCGAGCCGGCCCUGACACAUUCGACAAGCGGCGCCGUAACGGGAAGCAACGCGCGGCUAGGGACCUCGAAGGACCUCUCUUCUGGUCACGAGACACCCUACCGACACUCUCGUGUCCACGAUAUACGCACCACGCUACUCAGAUUACCCGCUGCUCCACGCGCGUAUCCCAACCUCGAUCUCGCUUCAUCCCAAGUGGAUCGUUCCACGAUCUCGGAGGAGUGGCGCGCGUUCACGCUGGGGAUCUUGGAUCGAGAAGGAGAACGAGACCGGAAAUUCGAGGAGAAAUUUCCCCUCGAAACUUUGUCCGCCGUUUCUUCGCGACUACGUCGUGCCGCGCGAUAUAAUAAGUGAGACGACGACGACGACGACGAUGGAGAGAGUGAGCGAGUUUAGUGACUGAACGCGAACCACGACGAAGCCGAGACGACACGAACGGACGCGAGACCGUUGUUUUCGUAAACGAGAAAAGAAAAGACGGAAGGAGGAGAAACAGUGGUGAGUGGAAGGAAGAGAGGAAGAAGCGAGGGAAGGAAGGAAGGAAGGAAGAGACGAAGAGGGAGUGGUGUCGACUGGUUGGAAAAAUCGUUUGGGGAGAGGUGUGACGGAAAUGGUCGUCGUGUCGGGGGCAUAGAUCGGAACAUAUGCAUCGAUGAUCGAGGUCGAGAGACUCGAUUGAUGGUCUCCCGUGAGGAAACGUGGCGGUGGAGAGGAGCGUUCUGACCGAGAGGUUACGAUCUCUCUCGAUCAGCCGCGGCGAGGAAGGUUCUCGCGAAGGGUGGCAACGAGAAGGAGAAAGCCUGUUGCCCCAGGAGAGUCCGUACGGCCUCACGACGCGGUCCGACGAGUGGAGCGGUCUCCUGCCCAGCUCCACGAUCGUGGGUGCUGGGGGGUCGCCAUGGCUCGGACUUGGCGCAGGGGGUGGCACGGGGGCUACCACCGGGGGCGGAAGCCCCGUCGAACUCGAGGGCCACUGGGGACGUAAGCUGUACGGGGCGAGUGUAGCUCCACCACCGCCUCCGCCUCAUCACCACCCGCGGGCGCCUCUCGUUUUCGCGCCUCAGGACAUGAGGCAGAUACUCAAGGAGGAACCGGUGCCACGUGCUUGGCCACAGCCCGCGCUCGCCGACAACGGAACGGUCGGCGUCGGCAGGGCACACUUCGAAAAACAACCACCGAGUAAUUUGAGAAAAAGUAACUUCUUCCAUUUCGUGAUCGCUCUUUACGAUCGACACGGACAACCGAUCGAGAUAGAGAGGACUUCUUUCAUGGGUUUCGUCGAAAAAGAUCAGGAAUCCGAAGGACAGAAAACGAACAAUGGCAUUCAAUAUAGCCUGCAUCUGUUGUACUCGAACGGUGUUAGGCAGGUACAGGACAUCUACGUGAGGCUCAUCGACUCCGCGACCAAACAGGCUAUCAUGUACGAGGGACAAGAUAAAAAUCCUGAAAUGUGUAGGGUCCUUCUUACUCACGAAGUGAUGUGCAGCCGGUGUUGCGAUAAAAAGAGCUGCGGAAACAGGAACGAGACCCCGAGCGAUCCUGUUAUCAUCGACCGAUUCUUCCUCAAAUUCUUUCUAAAGUGCAACCAGAACUGCCUUAAGAAUGCGGGCAAUCCACGUGACAUGAGACGUUUCCAGGUGGUCAUUUCCACGCAAGUAGGAGUAGAGGGACCGCUACUGGCCGUCUCGGACAACAUGUUCGUUCACAACAACAGCAAACACGGACGUAGAACGAAACGAUUGGAUCCCAGUGAUCCUGGAGAAUACAACAGUCUUUAUACGCCAGUACCUCUUCAAACACCGUGUAUAAAAGCGAUAUCGCCGAACGAAGGGUGGACAUCCGGUGGGUCGACAGUGAUAAUCAUUGGGGAGAAUUUCUUCGAUGGGCUUCAAGUUGUUUUUGGAUCGAUGUUGGUUUGGAGCGAGCUAAUCACGCCAAAUGCGAUCAGAGUACAAACUCCUCCUCGACAGAUACCAGGCGUCGUUGAAGUCACGUUAUCCUAUAAAACUAAACAAUUCUGCAAAGGUGCACCUGGUAGAUUCGUCUACGUUUCAUUGAACGAACCCACGAUCGAUUACGGCUUCCAAAGGUUACAGAAGCUUAUUCCCCGGCAUCCUGGAGAUCCUGAAAAACUACCAAAAGAGAUCAUAUUGAAAAGGGCGGCCGACCUCGCGGAAGCUUUAUACAGUAUGCCUAGAAGCGGAAACGCUGGAAUUACGGGGGCACCAAGAAGUCCGGGAUCUGGUCAUCCACCUGCACCUCCAACCUCCAGUUCGGCAACAGCGUUUAACUCGUAUACAGGACAGCUCGCGGUGACGGUACAGGAAAACGGUAGCGCGGCGAAAUGGACAGACGACGGUAGUUCCGUGACGACAGGAGCCGGUGGUGGAGGCGGAGGCGGCGGUGGUGGUAGCGUCGGAGGGAGCGUCGGUGGUAGCGCCGAUGCGUACAGGCAAAGCAGCAGCGCGAGUCCACGCGGGGUUGUGACCGGCGGUGGUUAUUGCGGAAGUUCGGCCAGCACGCCUCACAGUCACAGCACAAACGGAAGUUACUCGGUAGCCAAUCCGUACACCGGUAGUCCAACCCUUUACACGUCGCUUGGUAUGUUGCAGGACUAGGAGAGGUGGUCGGUUCACCGUUCAACGUGAAUCCAUUUAUGUUGCCGACCUGCAGCCAAGGAUAUUCAAACGCCGCCAGUCCGUUGCUCUCGUCGAAUGGGAAAUAGUGUUACGAGAUGUAAGCUCCGGCGAAAAUAUCGAGGGGUUACGUGUUCACGGAAGCGAAAUCCAUCGACGCGGAGGCUUUCGUCGAAUUCUAAUAUUCCGAUAAUCAUCGUAUUCGCGAUUGACAAUCGCUUUCUUGAAUCGAAACCGGUCCUCUCGAUUCGUUCCUUUUCCUUUUCCCCCUCCCCCUCCCGGUUCCCGCGUAACCGAAGAAGAAACGGCCGCGGAGAAACCGUCCGCGGAAUGAUUUUCGUCGGAGUUUCGACCGUUCAGUUCAGUUUGCGAGAGUACAGUGCAAAAAAAAAUAAUAAUAAUAAUAAAAAAAAAAAGAUCGACAACGUUUCAUCAUUUUCACGAUGAUCGAAUAAGCUAAGGAAUGAUACAUAUCGAAGCACAUAGGAGAGUUUUCUUCAUUCAUUGACAUAGUCGUUCGGUUCGUGUACGUUCGUUUGUGGAUAUGUAUGAAUGAAGAAAAAAGAAACGACUAUUCGAGAAACUACUACGUGACACGUGGUAACGUAAUUUUAAUAAAUUAUUUCUCGCGAUGCAUCUUUGAAUCGUUCGAUCCCUCGAAAUUAUUUUAUUUCAAAAGAAAUUCGUUAGCAUCGUUGAAAAGAAGAGAAAAAAGUAAUAAUAACCGAACGACUAUUCACUUUUCGUGUCUCCGAUACUGCUAUUUUUAAUCUAGCUAUCUCGAUACGAAAAGAUCGUUUUUAUCGAUAGAAUCGAGUACCUCGUUUGCCCUGCGUCUCCUCUCGUAUACGAAAAUCGUUAAACGAUUAUAUCUUGCGACAAAGUAUUUUCAAGGUGUUUUUUCUUCGUACUUCGUUUCGUAGUUCGGCGACGAAUGCGCCCGGUUGUUGAAGAGGCAAUAGUAUACGCAGGCGGGGACGUCGACAGGGUGCCGCGCAAUUUUAUAUCAAAGCAAGCAAAGAGGCUAUAUAAUAAAGGGGAUAUAGGGCGAAAUGACACCACUAGACGGACAUAUCGCUUAUCAGUGAAUAACAGACAUCAUAGUUUUAGAAAGCAUUUUCAAAGUUUGAAAUUUUAUCUUCCUACCCGUACGUUUUAAGAGACUAACCAAUAUCGGCUAGGUAGCGUAAAUAACUCGUCUAACUCGUAAUUUGUAAAUUUCCUUGUAAAUAUUGUUGCGACGAUGUACAAAAAGAUAAAACUAUUUCCAGGAAUCCAACGAAACGAUAUUAACGUGAUUGUAGGGCGAAAAUUAAUUAUACAUAGAUGUAAAUAAAUACGUAGAUCGUCAUAGCUUCACUCGUACAUUGAUUACAUUACGCUGGCGAUCCAAUCUUUUAACGUGCUAAUCGACCACCGCGCGAUAAUAUACUAUACAUACCGCUGUUUUUUCAUCGAUAUAUUUCUACUAAUCGGUCAAAACUUAUUUCUUCCGACGUACGUACGUUUAUAGCGAUUCGUGUUCUUCGGAGAGAGAGAGAGAGAGAGAGAGAGAGAGAGAGAGAGAGAGAGAAAGGGAGGGAGAGAGAGAAAGGGAGGGAGAGAGAGAAAGGGAGAGGAAGAGAGAGAGAGAGAGAGAGAGAGAGCGAGAAAGCAACGUUAAAAAUUGGAAUCGUCCGCAACAACUGUAUAAAACGUAUAUAGUUGAUUGAAAUCGUUCGAUAAGCCGGCCCAAAACAAAUUUCACAGGAAACGAAUCUCACGAAAGUAUACGAAGCAUGUACCGUUGCAGAAUUGAAAUCUUCGAUUAGUCCAGAUUUUGCAGCAGUUUACGAGCGUAGAUCGUAUCGUUUCUCCUUUCUUUCUUUCUUUCUUUCUUUUUUCUUUUUUCUUUUUUCUUCCUUUUCGAAACGAGUAUCGUUAAAGUUAUCAUAUUGUAAAAAGUUCCUUUUUGCAUAUCGACUUGGCGAGCAAACUUCCUCGACGAAGAAGCUCUUUGUCCCGGAGCCUACGCGCUCUGCGAUAUUGUGAUCUUGAUUAUAAUAUAUAUAUAUAUAUAUAAAUAUAUAUAUAUUAAUUAUCACUUUCGUUCGAUCACACAAUGUCAUCCUUUUACAUGGCGUGUCGUUCUUGUACGCAUACGAACGUAUACGCGCGUACAAACACUCGUCGAUGUAUAUUAAAAUAAAUUAAACUUACAUUUUUUGAGAAUUAAA